AAAUAGUGUUUAUAUUUUGAUAACAAUUGAGUGAAUGUUAUAACUGCUAAUUGGGAUCAACUGUAGUGACAAUUGUGACAAUGGUGUGGCCAGAACUGCCGGACAAGUGGACACAUAAGCCGAUAUGGCUGCCCCCGUAUCCAAUCCCCGCCGGAAUGUUCCCAAAUAUGACCGCUUAUUACACCCGCAAAGAGCUCGACGACGAACCACCGAAGAAGAGGUACUACUUCUUCGACACUCCCGACUACGAGGACUGCCAUAAGAAGAUCUAUAACUACGGCCUCUUUGGCGCCAAAGCGGCCGGAAUCUUAGCCAUGUUUGAUGUGAUGGCAAACAAACAGUUGUCUUACGUGAAGGCCUUCGGACGAGUGGCCACUUGUUUCGGACGCAUCGGCGGUUCAUUUCUGAUAUACCCGGCAGUGGUGUGUUGUGUGGCGAACCUGAGGGGCAAACAGCACGACACGUAUGAACACCCCUGGAAUCACAUCAUCGGCGGCGCCUCUAUUGGUCUCAUUUGGGGCUAUAAGUUCCGAAGCACUGGAAUCGGUGCGGGUGUGGCGCUGGCGGGCGCUCUGUUCGGUGUACUCAACCUUCGAGCAAACACUCCGACACCCAAUUUCCCUGAAGGUUGGCAAAUAUUUUUCCCCAACGAUAUCGAACAGAUCCGAGUGGAGAAUGGAGUCCUCGGCGGUCAGAAAUGGGGUGAUAUUAGACUCGGUUGGAGUCUCGCAGAUCCCGGACGCAAACCACUCGAGUAAUAGCCCGACACUCGUAGUGACACUCAAAUUGUUUGUAAAUUAUAAUGAAUUAGGUUUAGAGAUGUAAUCAAAUGAAAGGCAUUUGAUUUAAUUGUAAUAUUUAGCAGAUUUUAUUGGAAUUAAAAUUUUAAGCUUAAAAUUGUUAA